AUGCCGUCUCCAAGAGACACCACACCUCCGCCUUUUCUCGACCGCCGUCCUUCACGGCCAUCAGUCCGGUCUUCCAUUUCGAGCAUCGGGAUCGACACUUCUCUCUCUCCGUCCGACAUCUCUAUAUCAUCACUCGCUUCACUUCCCCCCCAUUCUGAUCACCAAAUCCCUGCGGAAGCCACCCAAGCUCAUCUUCAUCUUGGCCCCCCAUAUCUCAAACUGACCCCUGGAUUCGCCAGCGCAAGAGUGGGCCUGGGGAGCCCAAAGCUUGAGCUGCCAAGAGAGUGGAUGACUGCGCCGAGGAAAUCCAGUAGGUCUCCGGACCGAGAGCCUCAACCCGACUCUGCUUCGACCGUUCAGGCCGAGGGCAAACCUGUUCAGAGCACUCUGGUAGACCGCUUAUCGGGUUUGCCUAGUCCUCCUGGUACCAAUAGCGACGUCGGUGCCCCUUCUAUCAAAAAGGCACGCGGGCUGAAGGAAGAUAUGGCCCUACAACCUCCAGUCCCUCAACGGUCGUCGUCUUCAGAUGUUCACCGUCAUUCCAGGCACUCUUCCACUCCCAAUCGCUCCCCCUCUUUGACCUCGUCCACAUCUUCCGCUCAUCGGAGCAAUGCUGGCCUUCGUGAGACUAUUCUACGUUCUCGAGGAUCUCCCUCUGUGUCUUCGACCAGCCUCACAUCGCACGCUCCCGGAGCUUCUGCCACUCCAAAUGCGCAAGGGUCGCCGUCCAAGCGCUCAUCCCUCAAUAUAUCUCAAUCUGGAUCCCCGAAGAGCCCGCGAGUCCCCUCACCGCAAAAGCACGAGCGAUCGCCAUCCCUUCCUCUUGAUAGGUCUUCGAAUGCAUCACACAGUAGUUCUCGGCAGAAAAGUCCCCGUAAAAAUCCUCUGCGAAACGAUGCUGUUAACGAUGGACCUCCCUCCCCCGAACGGAAUGUCGACGAUCGUAUCCGUGAUGCGGAAGAGAAGAUCAGGAAUGUUUGGAGACCACAGAAGCUGUCUGUCGAUGUAGAAAAUAGGUCUCCUGUGCGGGGAAGUAUGCGGAGACACGAUUCCUACGACAGAGUUAUAGGUAAUCCGGGCCCAGCUGCAUCCCACCUGCGCCGUAGCGCGACGCUCACGUCUUCGUCGCCGCUUCUACACCACGAUGAUGCAGGCAACUCCCAAACACGCAAGCAGCCAUACGAGAGUACACCUCACAAGGAGCGUAAAGAAGGGGAGAGGACGAGCGGCAGUGGCUCGAGCGGGAGGAGAAAGGCCCUUCCAGUGGAGUUCAGGUCCGGCGGAGGUCUGGUGGGUCUACGAUCGUCUUCACUACGUAGCCCCGCUAAUAGACAGUUCACUCCUUCUCCGCCAAAACAAGGCCACCAGAGGGAUCACUCUCUACCCGUGGCGAGAAGCGUGCUCGGAGACAACCACUAUGACUCGUCACCUCAGAUCCACACCUCUCCUGUGGGUCACCGAUAUGAACCUGCGCCGCGUUCGGAUCGAAAUUCACCUCAUAUCACCUCUCCUACACGAAGCAGAGUCUUUACACAAGUAAACGACAUUGAGGGGCUAGAACGGCGUUCUAGUCUUGAUACUAGGCGUCUGGACAGGUGGACGGAUUCUGCUGUUGGCUUGCCAACUGAUCGACAACCACUUGAUCGUCGAGGUCUUCCAUUACCUCAUCGACUCGGUGGGACGGACCGGCAACGUGCUGAAUCAGUGAUGGAAGGACAUGCUGAACGAUACCGAUAUGCCACCCGAGGUGGGAGCACAGAAUCCGCUCUGACCGAGCGCGCUGGCACAAGGGGGUACAACACCUUGUCCGUGGAACGAAGUAUGCCCCUAUCCGCUUCGUCUGUCCGAUCAAGACUGGCGUCUGUCGCGCCAGGAGAUUCGGUUUCCGCUGUUGGGUACAACCCUCGUGAACGACCUACCAGUGCAGGUAGCAAAAACCCGUUGGAUGUUCUCAAUCAAAUCGAACGUAAAAGGGAAGAACACAAUCGUCAAUGGGAAGUGGAUCGUAGUGCAUCUGUCAUGGGUGAUCCUCGUCCAAUGUCUCGAUUCGACCGCACGCCAGCUAACAUCCGACCUACCACGUCUCUCAGUUCUGUGCGUGACGCCUUUGGUAUGGCACCCCGAACAGCUCCCAUCGAACCAUUCCGUCUUCGUCGUGAUCUUCACACUGGUCAAACGGAUAGUCCGUCCUUAGGUCGAGGUUCGUCAAGAAUGGGUUAUCAACCAUCUACCGAACCCCGUCCGAUGCGUAGCAGUACCUCGCUGGGAGGUCGAUCUUCGGCGUCAAUGGAGCUCGCACCUUCCUCGUCGGAACAUGGGCGACUGCUCGUCGAAGCGUUCAAAAAUAUGGAGGCUAGAUUACCUCAAGAAAACAUCGAUCUCUUACGUGCUUUCCUUUCCUGUACUCGAUCUACCGAAAGUGUCAACAUGACUUUACGAUCAGCUGUUCAACUUGCCUCACAGAUAUCAGUUCUCGUCGAUCUGGAAGAUCCUCGACAAGCUCGGGAAGAGUUUUCAAAGCUCGCUGUUGCCUUACGAGAAGCUGGAAGGGGUAGUGAUCAGAACGUGAGAGAUCUUACUCAAAUCAUGUUGGAAUUGCCCAGGCUUUUCCGUGGCUUGCCGUCUUCAACCUCGAUGAGUACACUACGAGUGGGGACAAGUGGAAGAUCAGAAGUGGUUUACGAUCCGAUUAAACCGUACGACGGUCCCUCGAGUUCUCAUCGUAUGCGUGCUUACUCGCCCGAGAGGCAAAAUCAUGGUAUUCAUGGUGGGACAAGUGGGAUGAGCGGCGUGACUUCAUCUCCUUUAUCCCCAUACGAUUCUCGUCGAGAAAAUCGACGAUCGGCAGAUAUUCUAAGACCUACCACUUCUGCAGAUUAUUCACCCUCCAAUCGAUAUUCGCUCGAUUCACGAAAUCCUCGUAAUGCUCUCUCUGGAUUUGUGAGCAAACUACGUAUCACUCCUCAUUCCCGCAAAAAUGAUUCACCAUCUUCACCAUCACUACAGACCAUUGAUGCUUCUCCUCCAAACCCGCAGACCUCUAAAAUCCCGGACGCUCCGAUUGCUCCUCGAUCUCCCAUCGUUCCCGAUUCACCUCGACGCCUUAGGCACAAAGACAGUAUGGUCACUGUGAAAGGAGGAACUUCAAAUUUUCUGCCGACCGUAUCAAAAGGUACAACGACAGCUAUCAGCACAGUCACAGCGAUCACGGCCAACGCGGGCGAUAUGUCACCUACGAGAGCUAAGAGCAUACGAAGUUUUGUAUCUCAUACACAUUCGAACAGUCUCAGUGGGGAAAGCGUCGACCCUUCCAGUAUUGGAAAAAGCUUUCAUACUGCCGAACCUAGUCCCAGGGAGUUUGAUCCAACGCCGGGAAGACUACAUGGGGAACAAGGGAAUGAAGACCAGAGAGUGAAUGGAGAGGAAGGCGUGGGGAAUGGGAGGACGGAAGAAUGGGUCGGAUCGGGAUCACACGAGAUUGACGCGGUAGCUUUAUUGGAACAUCGUUUGGCGGAAGCUGCGAGACAGAGGGAGGAAGCAAAGGAGAAAAGACAAGGAGUUGUGGGUAAGUUUCAGACGUGGCGUGGGGCAAGACCUGCGCCAGGUGGUUGA